CAUUUGCAGCACACAGCUGUGUUGAGUUGUUGAAAACAUCAUUAGCAAUAGCAUCCUUCCAAGGAAAGAUCUGCGCUCCACGGCCCUGCAUGUGGUUGUUCCCCGGAGCAGGCGGCCUGCCAGGCUCCACAGAGAAAGAAGCCCCAUGUAACGUCACUUUCUUCAGCUUUAGGAUACGUCUGAAAAUCCUGAAGGCGGUAUUAGGCCCUCUUACGAAGAGCGAGUAUUUACAUCCUUCAGAAUGCCCAACUCAAACGCUAAAUUUCAUUGUAACCAUAGAGGUGGUCAGGAAGCCGGCAGGCGGGAGUUGGUUUCUAGGUCUUUGCAGAGUGCUCAGCAUUGCCUGGAGGACCAGGAUUUUGGAACUGCAUAUGCUCAUUAUCUCCUGGUACUAAAUCUAGCUCCUGAGUUAAAAGCUAGUGUCAAAGAAACAUUUCAGUUUACUCUGUUCAAAUGGGCAGAAGAGCUAGAUUCUCUGGCACGGAUUCAAGAUCUGUUUAACUGUUAUGAACAAGCACUUGAACUGUAUCCGAAUGAUGAAGUGAUAUGUAAUAGUAUGGGAGAACAUCUUUUCAGAAUGGGCUUUAGAGAUGAAGCAGCUGGGUAUUUUCAUAAAGCAGUGAAGCUUAACCCAGACUUUGCUGAUGCAAAGGAGAAUUUUUACCGUGUUGCAAACUGGCUUGUGGAGCGCUGGCACUUCAUCAUGCUCAACGAUACCAAGAGGAACCUUACUUACCUAAACGCAAUUGAGAAUGCUGUCCGCUCAGGGUGCAAAUCUGUCCUUGAUAUUGGAACAGGAACAGGAAUUUUGAGUAUGUUUGCAAAAAAGGCAGGAGCAUCUUCUGUCUAUGCCUGUGAAUUAUCAAAAACCAUGUAUGAACUUGCCCGUGAUGUGGUCGCAGCAAAUAAUAUGGAAAGAGAGAUCAAACUUCUGCAUUUGAAGUCACUUGAUAUAGAAAUUCCAAAGCACAUACCUGAAAGAGUUUCCUUGGUUGUCACAGAAACAGUUGAUGCUGGUUUAUUUGGAGAAGGAAUUGUGGAGAGCUUGAUACAUGCUUGGGAACAUCUACUUUUACAACCGAUGCCUAAAAAUCAAGAUGUCAGUACUGGAGACUAUGGCAGAGUUAUUCCUGCAAGUGCUACAAUAUUUGGGAUGGCAGUGGAAUGCAAAGAGAUACGUAGACAUCACAGAGUGGGAAUGCAAGAAGUUGCUGGUGUGCGCUUGUCAAAUUCAGUGCAGUUCUUUAGCCCAACAUACGCUUCUGCUGGUUCAGAGGAAACUGUUGAACCUUACACCACCGAGAAGCUCAGUCGUAUUCCUGGAGGUUACGUACCUCUGACAGAACCCUGUCAAGUAAUGACGGUAGAUUUCAACAAUCUGCAGGAGCUGAAAAGCCUUGCAGCUAGAAAGCCCUGGAAGCUCAGCCUGCCAGUCACUGAAGGAGGAAUACUAGAUGCUAUUGUGGUGUGGUUUGUACUACAUCUUGAUGAUGAGAACGCUCUAUCUACAAGUCCCAGUGAGGAAACUUGCUGGGAACAGGCAGUCUAUCCUGUGCAGGGCCUCCUUGAUUAUUCUGUGAAGACUGGAGAUACUGUGAUGAUGGAAGUUUGCUGCCAAGACUGCUACUUGAAGAUCCAGAAGAUUUCUACUUUGGCUUCAGAGUGUGGGAUGGACUUCAGUGACAGAGACGACACACUGAGUUUGGGCAAUGAGGCUGAAUUAUGUAAUGCUCUGGCUGGUCUUCAGACGACUAGCGAAAAGGAUGGCAGCGGUCAAGUAUGUGUGUUGGAAUCCACAGAAAUAGCCCUGCUGAACAAUGUACCGUACCACGAAUGCUUUAAAGCUGCCAUGGGCAAAGUGCUGUUGUCAUUAAAUCCAAGUAAGGACUUGCAGUCCAUGGAGGUUGAUGGACAUGGCAGUGGGAUGAACCUCCAAGAGAGUCAAAACAAGAGCUCUCUAGAUGUGGCUCCUGAUCCUUUUUACAUUUUAGAUGUAUCUGAAGGCUUCUCCAUCCUGCCAAUUAUAGCUGGCAAACUUGGACCAGUUAGAGCCUACAGUUCUAUUGAGAAAGAACAGCAUCAGGCAGCACUUAAUGUAAUUUCAGAAGCUAACCAUUUACCUAAGGAAACGUUAGAGUUUUGGCUCAGCCACUUAGAAGAUGAAAGUGUGGUGCUACAGAGACCCAAAUCAGACAAAUUGUGGAGUUUUAUUAUCUUGGAUGUUAUAGAGACAUCAGGUUUAAUCCAGCAGGAGGUGAUGGAAAAGGCUGCAAUAUCCAGAUGUUUACUUCACAGUGGAGGGAAGAUUUUCCCACAGUACGUGCUGGUAUAUGGGAUGCUUGUAGAAUCAGAGUCUCUGUUACUGGAGAGUGCUGUUCAAGGAACAGAACCAACUCUUGGGUUUAAUAUAGCCCCUUUUAUCAACCAGUUCAAGGUACCUGUUCGUGUGUGUUUGGAUCUCUCCACUUUACCGUGCCUACCCUUGAGCAAGCCAGCAGAGCUUUUAAGGCUAGAUCUCAUGAACCCUCUGUUGAACAGCUCCAGCAGAGAAGUGAAGGUACAAAUUUGUAAGUCUGGCCAAGUCACUGCAAUUCCCUUCUGGUAUCACAUCCAUCUAGAUGAAGACCAUAGCUUGAAUACAUCGGAUGAGUCCUCGCACUGGAAACAAGCUGCAGUUGUUCUCGAUGAGCCCAUCCAAGUUCAGGUUGGAAAUGAACUGGUGCUUGAUGUUCAACACCAUAAAAGCAAUAUUAGCAUUACAGUUAAACGGUGAAGAAUGUCACGUGUAAACUGAGUUGUGGUUCAUUACCUAUGCAUAAAUUGACUGUUCAUAACAUCACUGAUGUUAAUAUAUAUUAAAGUCUAAAUUUUAUCUACU